AUUUGAUUUUUCCAAUACUUCACUUCAACUUCUUCAACUUUCAACUUCUUUCCAUCCCCUUCUUCUUCUUCACUUUCUUCUUCUAUUUUUCUUCUUCAGAGAACAAUUCCUUAAACAACUUCUUGUAAUUUUAUUUUUUCAUUUCUUAUACAAAUUUUAGUUUUCUUCAAAGUUUGUAUUUUUUUUAGAGAGAAAAAGAUGGCUAGGAGAGCAGAUGAGGAGUACGAUUAUUUGUUCAAGGUUGUAUUAAUCGGCGAUUCUGGAGUUGGGAAAUCGAACUUGCUGUCCCGAUUCACUAGGAACGAGUUUUGUUUGGAAUCUAAGUCCACCAUUGGAGUCGAAUUUGCUACUCGUACCCUCCAGGUUGAGGGAAGAACUGUGAAAGCUCAGAUAUGGGAUACUGCAGGACAGGAGAGAUACCGAGCAAUAACAAGUGCUUACUAUAGGGGUGCCCUUGGAGCUCUUCUUGUGUACGAUGUGACUAAACCAACAACAUUUGAAAAUGUGAGCCGGUGGUUGAAGGAGCUCAGGGACCAUGCUGACUCCAACAUUGUGAUCAUGCUAAUCGGCAACAAGACUGAUUUGAAGCAUCUCCGAGCAGUUGCAACAGAGGAUGCCCAGGGUUAUGCUGAGAAAGAAGGCCUUUCGUUCAUUGAAACGUCUGCUCUUGAAGCAACAAAUGUUGAGAAGUCUUUCCAGACAAUUCUUGCAGAGAUUUACCGGAUAAUUAGUAAGAAGUCACUUUCCUCGGAUGAGCCAGGACCUGCUAGCAUCAAAGAAGGAAAGACCCUAGUAGUGGGGGGAUCAGAGGAAAAUACCAAGAAGCCUUGCUGCUCUUCUUCCUAGGGAUGGUUAUGAUUUAUAUAGAUUAUUUGUUUUCCCUCCUAUGCUUGUCCCCCUUCUUGUGGGUUGUUUCAUUUUUUGUUCUUUGUUUUAAAAAUAUGAUUAAACUGCAUUUUGUUGUGGCAUCAGGAUUUAUAAUGAUUUCUUUGUGGGUGCGCUUAAAGAGAUAUAUUUUAGGUUCUUUGCAAA